CAGACCUCGUCACUCCUCCACGCCUCAACGUGCCAGGGGGCACGGUGGCAGACUGGCGCGCUCGGGCAUGUUCGACCGAUGCUUGAGAAUGCAGCGCCGUUUGGUGGCUCAUUCACAGUUGUUUUCAGAUUGAACGCGCUGUUGCGCCAUUAUGGCCCCUUCACGAGGUUGCGAUGACCCGCUCGGCGUGGAGGCCGGCGAGGCCCCGAGGCUGCAGGAGGUCGACAGGAUCAAGGAGCAGGGGAAUUCCAAGUUCAAGGAGGGCGCGUUCUUCGAAGCGAAGUGCCUGUACAGCGGCGCCCUGGAGAUGUUGGAACGCUGCUGCCUCCACCAGGACAAGGCGGAUGCGGCGUGGGUGGGGCUCAAAAACAACAUCGCCCUCUGCGACUUCAAGCGCGAGGAGUGGACCCGCGUCAUAGACGUGACCACCGAGGUCCUCGCGCGGGAGCCGGCGAACACGAAGGCGCUCUACCGGCGAGGGGUCGCCCAGCUCGGCAGCGGCCGACAGCAGGCCGCGCGGAGCGACUUGAGGAGGGUGCUGGAGCUGGAGCCGGGCAACGCGGAGGCGCGCCAGAAGCUCGUGGAGCUCUCGCGGCAGAGCAGGGCGGCGAGGGAGGCGAGCAGGGAGCAGGCGGCGAGGGUGCGCGGCUUCCUGGCGGGCGAGCGCCUGGACGCCGGCAUCGCUUUGUGCGAGGACG